AGCACCACAAACAAACAAAAAGCAGGCAACAAUAUAUCUACCAAAAAUUACAGGUCAAUUUAAAUAAUGAAAUGGAAAUGAUUAGAGUUCUUACAGAUCGUAUACUUGUCAUCUUGAUUGAGAAGUUGAAACCUGAUUAAUAAGAGUUCAUUUUUUACUCUAAACUCCGUUCUUAGGUUGAGGCAGUUGAAAGGAACAGAACUGCUGAACUUUGACCUGGUCUCAUUUCUUUAUAUGGUGAAAACAAGAUCACACAACACACAUAAUACUAUGCCUACUUUAGGAAAAUGUCUUGGUAGAGAGGAAUUACUUUUUACAAGCAGAUAGAAAUAUCCCUAAAUCCAUUUACUGAGGACAAUGAGGAAAAUAAUGAGGAAAACUUGGACCAUCAUGAUUUCAGGGGGAGAAAACUACUAAGUCACUGACAAAAGAGGACUGAACAGGGAAACAACAUCCUGAAACCCUUAGACAAGAGGAAGAGGCAGUGGGCAACAGAGAACACUGUCCUGCUCAGAGAUCCCCAGAGAAUCUGUAUCCCCUCCCCCCAGGGCCACUUGCCAGAAUGUUGGAUUUGAAAGAAUGAGCAGAUUAACGGAUAUCAGGAGCGGUGUGGCCUCGACCAAACAAAGUGUAAUUAGAGAGAUUGUACCGCUCAACCACUCCAAGCCUUCUUCUCGGUUCAUCUCUCCAUGAACAUAAAAAGAAACUUUGCCAGGGAACUUCACACUGUGGCUGUUGAAAGGAAUUCCUGUCCUGUAGAUACUACUGAAGGCCAGGUGAGAAACAGGAAUAGGAAAAGACAUAGCCUGAAGGCUGGAGUUUAGUGUUGGUCAACAACUGCCCACAAGGGGUCAGCCCACAUCUGAGGAUAGUGCCUGAGUCCCAGAAGAGCUUGUCAGGCAAUGUGCUGCUGAUGGACACAGGCCCUGCUUUUGCAUUAUCAACGGAUUCAUUUGGGCCAUGCCAGUGGUGACAUCACUGAGAGUCUCGGCUUCCAUCUCUCCUUCUCUGUGGAAAACACAAGCAGUUAAGGUCAUGUUUCAGACUUGGGCUCCCCAGAUGAAGGGAUGGAGGCUGGGACUAGUGCCGGGACACUGGUGUGUCAGGUUGGCAGCCAUGGUGCUCUUGGGGGUACUUCUUCUCCCAAGCAUACAGUGUGACCUGGAGUCGGUACAUGGCUCUUCCUAUGAAAUAGUCAUCCCAGAGAGUCUGACAGUCAAGAGAGGCGAAGGGCCAGAACAACAGGCAUCCUACAUGCUAUUCAUGCAAGGCCAGAAGCAGCUGCUUCACCUGAAGGUGAAGACAGACUAUUUUGUGAGUGGCUUUCCCAUCUACAGUUACCACAGUGGCAUCCUGGAGCAAGCAACGCCUUGGCUCUCACUGGACUGCCACUAUGAAGGCUACAUCGAAGGAGUGCCACGUUCUUUUGUUUCUGUCAACAUCUGUUCAGGCCUCAGGGGCAUCCUGAUUAAGGCGGAGACAUCCUACGGCAUUGAGCCCAUGCUGUCUUCCCAACAGUUUGAACAUGUCUUGUACACCAUGGCACACCAAGCCCCAGCCUCCUGCCGUGUGGCGUCCACACACAGUCCAGUGGUGUCCACUGGCCGGCAGCAAGAGAGCCGGAAGCCUCAUAGCCCCCAGCUGCUGUCCUACUUGUGGUCCCACACCAAGUAUGUGGAGAUGUUUGUGGUGGUCAACUACCAGAGGUUCCAGAUGUGGGGCAGUAACAUCAAUGACACAGUCCGGGGAGUACUGGACAUCAUUGCUCUGGCCAACAGCUUCACCAGGGGACUCAAUACAAAGGUGGUGCUGGCUGGGAUGGAGAUCUGGACCGAGGGUGACCUGAUAGAGGUGCCGGUGGACCUGUGGGCUACACUCAGGAAUUUCAACAGCUGGCGGCGAGAGGAGCUCGUCCAUCGUGUGAGGCAUGAUGUGGCCCACAUGAUCGUCGGGCAUCAUCCCGGAGAGAACAUGGGCCAGGCAUUUCUCAGUGGGGCCUGUUCCAGUGGUUUUGCGGCGGCUGUGGAAUCCUUCCAUCACGAAGAUGUCCUCCUCUUUGCCACACUCAUGGUCCAUGAGCUCGGGCACAACCUGGGCAUUCCGCAUGACCACUCGGCCUGCGUUUGUAAAGGUAAGCACUUUUGCCUCAUGCAUGAAAACAUCACCAAAGGACAUGGCUUCAGCAACUGCAGCUCUGACUACUUCUACCGUUUCCUUCACAAACACAAAGGGGCCUGUCUGUUUAACAAGCCACAGCACAAAAGCCACAAGCGUAGGGGUGCUACCUGUGGAAACGGUGUGAUAGAGGAAUCGGAGCAGUGUGACUGUGGGGGUUCUUGUGACACUGACCCAUGCUGUACCCUCAACUGUAAAUUAAAACAUAAUGCACAGUGUAGUAAUGAACUCUGCUGCUCUAAAUGUCAAAUUCAAAAGAGGGGAUUCUUGUGUCGUCCUCUUGUCGGACUGUGUGACCUUCCAGAAUAUUGUGAUGGUUCAUCACCAAUGUGCCCUCAAAACAGAUAUUUAGAAGAUGGCUCUCCAUGUAGUGAAGUAUAUUAUUGUCUUAAUGGUCAUUGCAUGGACCAUAGUGGUCAGUGUGUGUUUGUUUUUGGGGAAACUGCAAGGGUUGCCCCAACGGCAUGUUAUACUGCAAUGAACAACAGAGCAGACCGAUUUGGACACUGUGGCCGCCCCUCUGAGUCUUCACAAAGCUUUAAAAAAUGUUCAGAUGAAAAUGCAAUGUGUGGUAAAAUUUUCUGUAUGAGUGUUACUUUAAUGCCAAAAAUAACACCGGGUCAUACACUUAUUCAGGUACCUCACAAGGGAGAUUACUGUUGGACCAUAGAUGCUUUUGAGAAGGCAGGUGUCCAUGAAAUUGGUGAUGUAUGGAAAGGCACUAUUUGUGGUGAAGGACAAACUUGUCAAGAUUACACUUGUAUUCAUUCUAAAAUAAUGAAACCUUCCUGCAAUUUAGAUACAAUAUGUAAUUCAAGAGGAGUUUGCAAUGAUUUAAGGAAUUGCCAUUGUAUACCUGGCACUGCACCUCCAGAUUGCAGAAAUAGGGGAAAUGGUGGGAGUAUAGACAGUGGCCCACCAAAGAAGCACAAAAAAGAAGAUCCACAAGAAGAAGAAACUGAAACCGAAGAGGAACUGGCUAAAAGCACACAAAUUAUAAUCGUUGUGAUAAUUUUGACAAUAGUAAUAUUAGGAAUAAUUAUUUACCUUCUAUGCAUUUCCAAAGAAGAGGAAGAAAAAGAGGAGGAGGCAGAAGAGGAAGAGGGAGAGAAACCAGAAACGGAAGAGAAAAAGGAAGAGGCAAAGGAAGAGGAUGAGGAUGAGGAUGAAUCAGACUGA